AUGGAAGCUCUGCACUAUAUCCUUGUGUUGGUCUCCGUCCUUCUCCUUCUCUACCAACUCACGGUUCCUAAAAGAGUUGAACGUAAAAACAAAUUGCCUAGGCCUCCUAGUCUUCCUAUAAUAGGUCAUUUCCUCUACAUAAAAAUGCUCUUCAAAUUGCCCUUGCAUGAAGUUCUUAAUGAUCUCUGCAACAAGUAUGGUCCUUUGUUUCUUCUGCACUUGGGUUCCAGACAGGUACUCGUACUCUCCACCCGUGCAGACAUUGAAGAAUGCUUCUCAAAAAAUGAUAUAAUCUUUAGCAAUCGUCCGCUGUUGCCCUCAAGAAAGGGUUUAGAGUACAACUUCACUGGCCUUGGAGCUCCGUAUGGCCAUCACUGGCGCAAUCUCAGACGCUUCUUUGCCGUUGAAGUAUUCUCACCAAAGCGUCUGCAAAUGUCUUCAAACAUUCGCACUGAAGAAAUUAGACACAUGACAAAAUAUCUCUUCAAAAGAUCUUCUCAAGGGGUUGUGACAGUGGAACUGAGUUCGUUUCUUUACAUGCUGGAUUUUAAUGUAAUAAUGAAGAUGGUUGCAGGUAAUAGGUGCUUUGAAGAAAAUGAAAUCGACACAGACAGAGGCAGAGACAAAUUAGCUGAGCUUAAGCAGUGGUUUAGUCCUUUCGAGCCAUUGGCCCUGGGUGACUACUUUCCAUUUCUGAGAUGGUUGACACGUCAUGGAGCCGAGAAGAAAAUCCACAACAAACAUAAAAAGAGAGAUGCUUUUUUGCAGGCCAUGCUUGAUGGGCAUCAAAAUCUAAAUAAAACUCCUUCAGUUAGCAGUGGCGGUAGCCAGACUGAUCAAUCCAUCAUCGAUGUCAUGCUGAAGCUAAAGGAAUUCGAACCCCAAUUCUACAUCGAUGAAGUGAUGAAAGGAAAUAUGGCGGCAAUGCUGAUAGCGGGCACACACACGACGGUGCUCACAAUGCAAGCAGCUAUUUUACAGCUCAUGUCAAAUCCAGAGAACCUGAGGAAAGCAAGGGACGAGAUUGACAAAGUGGUUGGACAAUCCAGACUGUUGAAUGAGGAGGACCUUCCUAAUCUUCCAUUCCUUCAUUGCAUUAUUAAUGAGACCCUCAGACUUGAUGUGGUAUCGACUUUACCUCCACGCGAGUCAUCGGAGGACUGCUCGAUCGGAGGGUACCACAUCCCGCACGGCACGCAGUUGAUGGUGAACAUAUAUAGCCUGCACAGGGACCCCGAGUUGUGGACAGAGCCCAACAAAUUCAUGCCUGAGCGUUUCCAAGAGAUUGAAAAAGAAAAGGGAGGGUUUAAAUUUGUCCCAUUUGGUUUUGGAAGAAGGAUAUGCCCUGGAUCAACAUUAGCCAAUAGACUUGUGGCAUUGUCGCUGGGGACCUUGAUACAGUGCUUUGAGUGGGAAGAGGCUGAGACUGAUGAGAAGAGCCAAGAUGUGGCGAAACACAAAUUAAUGAAGAUGAUAUUUCGACCUCGUGAAGCACUUACUCAUGUGCUUGCUCAACUUUGAAUUGAAAACUGCUGCUUAAAACUCCUGUAACUUUUCCUUUGAAUUUCCUCUUGAACGUUUAAUUCAAGGUAGUUGAUGAGUUUUCCUAAAAAUAUUAUGGUGUUUACAUUCCACAUGCCAAGUUAUGGUAUCUCUUGUAAACGUGACCUCACAUUUAAAUAAUAUUUUAU